CAUGGGGUGGGCACCAUGACCUUUGGGUGCUGUGGCUGCUAUGGGGACCCCAGAGCUGCUAUGGGGACACCGGGGCUGACCGAGGCGGGGUGCCCCGUGCCCCCCGGCACCCACCGCUGCCCGUGCCAGGUGGACAACUCCUCGCUGACGGGGGAGUCGGAGCCCCAGACCCGCUCGCCCGAGUUCACCCACGAGAACCCGCUGGAGACCCGCAACAUCUGCUUCUUCUCCACCAACUGUGUGGAAGGCACCGCCCGGGGCAUUGUCAUCUCCACGGGGGACCGGACGGUGAUGGGGCGCAUCGCCUCGCUGGCCUCGGGGCUGGAGGUGGGCCGCACGCCCAUCGCCAUGGAGAUCGAGCACUUCAUCCGCCUCAUCACCGGCGUCGCCGUCUUCCUCGGCCUCUCCUUCUUCAUCCUCUCCCUCAUCCUGGGCUACACCUGGCUGGAGGCCGUCAUCUUCCUCAUCGGCAUCAUCGUGGCCAACGUCCCCGAGGGGCUGCUGGCCACCGUCACCGUGUGCCUGACGCUGACGGCCAAGCGCAUGGCGCGCAAGAACUGCCUGGUGAAGAACCUGGAGGCGGUGGAGACGCUGGGCUCCACCUCCACCAUCUGCUCCGACAAGACCGGGACCCUCACCCAGAACCGCAUGACGGUGGCGCACAUGUGGUUCGACAACCAGAUCCACGAGGCCGACACCACCGAGGACCAGUCGGGUGCCACCUUUGACAAGCGCUCACCCACCUGGGCGGCGCUGGCACGCAUCGCCGGCCUCUGCAACCGCGCCGUCUUCAAGCCGGGCCAGGAGAACAUCUCAAUUUCCAAGCGGGACACGGCGGGCGACGCGUCCGAGUCGGCGCUGCUCAAGUGCAUCCAGCUGUCCUGCGGCUCCGUCAAGAAGAUGCGGGACAAGAACCCCAAAGUCACCGAGAUCCCCUUCAACUCCACCAACAAGUACCAGCUCUCGAUCCACGAGCGGGAGGAGGACCCCCAGGGGUACCUGCUGGUGAUGAAGGGUGCCCCCGAGCGCAUCCUGGACCGCUGCUCCCGCAUCCUGCUGCAGGGCCAGGAGGUGCCGCUGGACGAGGAGAUGAAGGAGGCCUUCCAGAACGCCUACCUGGAGCUGGGGGGGCUGGGGGAGCGCGUGCUGGGUUUCUGCCACCUCUACCUGCCCCCGGAGAAGUUCCCCCGCGGCUUCCGCUUCGACGCCGACGAGAUCAACUUCCCCACCACCAACCUCUGCUUCGUGGGGCUCAUGUCCAUGAUCGACCCCCCCCGCGCUGCCGUCCCCGACGCCGUCGGCAAGUGCCGCAGCGCUGGCAUCAAGGUGAUCAUGGUGACCGGCGACCACCCCAUCACGGCCAAGGCCAUUGCUAAGGGGGUCGGGAUCAUCUCGGAGGGCAACGAGACGGUGGAGGACAUCGCCGCGCGCCUCAACAUCCCCGUCAGCCAGGUCAACCCCCGGGAGGCCAAGGCGUGCGUGGUGCACGGCUCCGACCUGAAGGACAUGACGGCCGAGCAGCUCGACGAGAUCCUCAAGAACCACACCGAGAUCGUCUUCGCCCGCACGUCGCCCCAGCAGAAGCUGAUCAUCGUGGAGGGCUGCCAGCGCCAGGGUGCCAUCGUGGCGGUGACAGGGGACGGUGUGAACGACUCCCCGGCGCUGAAGAAGGCCGACAUCGGCAUCGCCAUGGGCAUCGCCGGCUCCGACGUCUCCAAGCAGGCGGCCGACAUGAUCCUGCUCGAUGACAACUUCGCCUCCAUCGUCACCGGCGUGGAGGAAGGCCGCCUGAUUUUCGACAACCUGAAGAAGUCCAUCGCCUACACGCUGACCAGCAACAUCCCCGAGAUCACGCCCUUCCUCCUCUUCAUCAUCGCCAACAUCCCGCUGCCGCUGGGCACCGUCACCAUCCUCUGCAUCGACCUGGGCACCGACAUGGUCCCCGCCAUCUCGCUGGCCUACGAGGCGGCCGAGAGCGACAUCAUGAAGCGGCAGCCCCGCAACCCGCGGACGGACAAGCUGGUGAACGAGCGGCUCAUCAGCAUGGCCUACGGGCAGAUCGGCAUGAUCCAGGCGCUGGGGGGGUUCUUCACCUACUUCGUGAUCCUGGCCGAGAACGGGUUCCUGCCCACACGCCUGGUGGGCAUCCGCCUGGCCUGGGACGACCGCUCCACCAACGACCUGGAGGACUCCUACGGCCAGGAGUGGGUGAGCGCACGCGCUUGUGCAAAGCCCCCCCCCCCCCCGUGUGCACACUCCCCUGCCGGCACGCUUGCACAUGCCCUUGCUCGCUCCCACCCCUUGCAUCCCUGCCUCUGCUCCUCGGGUUGCUGCGGCACGUGUGUCCCCGUGCGUGUGCGGGAGCAGGCACGCUUGUGCAAGGGCCUUGCACGCCUGUGCGCCUGCAGAGCGCUGCUGUGCACGCUUGCCUCGGGGCGUUUCCACGUGUGCCCUUGCAGAGCCAUCCUUGUGCGCACCUCGUUGCGUGCAACUCCCCUUGCACGGCUGUGCUGGUGUGCAAGCGCGCGUGUGUGCGUGCGUCUGUGCCCUUGCACGCUUGCACUCGUGCACAGCCCUCAC